ACAAAGCGAAGAAAACCUCUGGAGCUGUCGUUCCCUCUCCGUCCAUUGGAGGCAGUGAGGAGCCAUGGCUGCUUUAAAUCAGCCGAGAUGCCACGAAGAGAAGAGUGAGAAGCGGCGCCAUGGCGGAAACAGAGCAACAAAAAGGAUCCAUAGCUGAGGAUGAAGCACCUGAAGUCGCCUUUAUGGUGCCCAAGAAAGAAAUCAGCGUGGUGCCUGACAUGAGUAAAUGGAAACGAUCACAAGCAUAUGCUGAUUAUAUGGGAUUCGUUUUGUCAUUGAAUGAAGGUGUGAAAGGAAAGAAGCUCACAUCUGAAUAUACAGUGUCUGAGGUUAGUAUGAAGAUAUUAGAUCUUUUGGAGACUCUGGACCGAUGGAUCAACGAGACCCCUCCUGUUGAUCAGCCGUCCCGCUUUGGCAAUAAGGCCUACAGAACCUGGUACAGCAAACUAGACCAGGAAGCAGAGGCCUUGGUGUCAGCAUUGAUCCCUGCUGACAAAUGUGCAGCAGCUCCAGAGAUAGCCGUGUAUCUGAAAGAGUCUGUGGGGAACCCCACCAGGAUAGACUAUGGAACAGGUCAUGAAGCUGCUUUUGCUGCGUUCCUCUGCUGCCUCUGUAAGGUCGGAGCUCUCGGAGCGGAUGAUCAGCUCGCUAUUGUUUUUAGAGUUUUUAACAGGUAUCUGUCAGUGAUGAGGAAGCUGCAGAGGACGUACAGAAUGGAGCCAGCUGGAAGCCAAGGUGUGUGGGGACUGGAUGACUUCCAGUUUCUGCCCUUCAUAUGGGGCAGCGCCCAGUUCAUUGAUCACCCGACAGUGGAGCCCCGUCACUUCAUCGACGAGAGGGUGGUGAACGAGCAUCAGCAAGAAUAUAUGUUUCUGGACUGUAUCAAGUUCAUUAACGAGAUGAAGACGGGUCCGUUUGCUGAACACUCCAACCAGCUGUGGAACAUCAGCGCUGUUCCUACCUGGUCCAAAGUCAACCAGGGUCUGAUCCGAAUGUACAAGGCUGAGUGUUUAGAGAAGUUCCCUGUGAUCCAACACUUUAAGUUCGGAACCCUGCUCUCCAUCCAGCCCGUGAACCCAUGACUCUGACGGACGCCAUGCACACGAUGAAAAGACCAAAACCAACAACCAACAUUGUCCCUCUUUUUUUCUCCUCGUGUGCAAAUACAACAGUAGCAAGAAUCCAGCACACGUCGUCCAACACGCAAACACGCGUGUGCUCGUGAAAUCUUAUUCUAAAGUGCAGGUGAUGUUUUGUGUUUUCAUUGAUGCUUCACACUUGAAUUUGCCUCAAAGUUUGGAUCCUCAUGAUAAACACGUUCUUUCAGAGACGAAAAAGAUCCGAAUUAUUUGUGAAUAAUUUCUUUUCUAGUUUCAGCAACAUUCUUGGUUUAAUUUUCAAACGCCAAAUGCUUUAAUUUCACAUAUUUUAAUUCCCCCACUUUAUUUUUAUCAGUUCAGUCGUGGUAAACACUGUAAAUUAAAACCCAUACUUGACUAAAUUCUUGUUUUGUGAUGUGCAGCUUUUCCCCCUCAAACUUUGCCUCAGUUUAAAAUGACUGUUAAACUCAGAAUCUGUUCCCAUUGGCCUCCU